CAAAACCAUAACACAAACCCGGCACAAAUAUUGAACGGUGGGAAUAUAAUAUUGUGUAAAGAUUAAAACGUAAUCAUAUACUAGAUUCUGUACUAAGCUCAGUUUGUGGGCAGUAAAAUGAAUUUGUGGUUUUCAACUGUGUUGCCACUCUUCAAACGUAGUUUAGCAAUACAAAGUGCAGUGAGAAAUUAUGCAACAGCAAAGCCAGGCGGUGCGCUCGGUGGCUCGAAGAAGAAAAAACUCGGAAAGCUUGGACCGGUGGUGGAGAAAAAAGUAAUUCCGGUCGAAACGGACGUAAACCGGCUGGUGAAUUAUGUGUGCGGAAGCAAUAUUCUUAAGCAGGGGGAAGACGUUAAACUAAAACCCAAUUCAGAGUAUCCGGAAUGGCUAUGGUCAAUACACGUUGGCGCUCCCCUUACGCUAGAGCAGUUAGACCCAGACACCAAAGCAUAUUGGCGCAAACUCCGGCGAUUGGCACUGCAGCGCAAUAACAAAUUAGCGAAGCUGAAAAAGUUUUAGUCCAGUGUACAGAUAUUUACUUUUAUUGUUCAAAAGUAAUAUGUUUUCUUAGAAAAGAGUAAAGAUACAAAAAAUAUGUUCAACGCAAUGAUAGUUAUCAGUGCACUUCAGUUUGACUGUAUUCAAAUUCGCGAAACUGCAUCAGAAUCACCAAAUAGGUUACGAUGGCUGCCAACGUCUGUGGAUGAAACGACGGACCAAUGAACAAUUCGAACGGUUCAUCGGAUAAAUAUGAGCAAAUACUUACACUGAAAUAAAA